AUGACACCGGCAAACAAAAGCAUGCGGCCCCUCACAGCGCAGAGACACCCCAAGCAUCAACCGAACCCUCAAUCCCCCCAGGAUCACCGCCAUCGAGGGACCCCCACCCCCAGCUCCCGAAACCUCGCGUCGUCCGCUCCACACGACACCCUCUCCCCGCAGCCCGCAGCCGUCGGAGACCCCGCGCCAGCCCCGCCCCGGACGCCGAUGCCCUGGCGCUGGCGCUGCCACGCCUGCGGCGCGACGUUCCGCCUCGCCUGCACGCGGCGCUGUCUCUGCUGCAGCCACGUGCUGUGCACCGAGCGCGAUGGCAGGGGCAGGAUGUGUCGUGCCGAGUUUGACUAUGAGGGGUGGGCUGCGUAUGGGGCGUGGAGGAGGGGGCGGAGGGGGGGCGGGAGGCGGAUAACCGAGGGGACGAGGGACGAGGUCGCUUCUUCUUCUUGUUCUUCUUCUUCUUCUGCGGCUGCUGAUGACGAGGAUGGUCAUACCGCGGUCGAGGAGCUGGGCUGCUUCUCCGAAUGUGACUGGCCCAGUCAGUGUCGGCAUCGAGCGAGGGAGAGGCUUCUUCCGCCUGUACGUGGUGUCGGCAUGUAUGAGGUGGCGGGGGCUGUGGAACAUGUUGAGGUAGCUUCGGGGGCCGCUGGGGGGAACGUCUGGGGGCGUAAAGAAGACGAGGAGAGCGAGGAGGCGGAGGAGGACGAGGACGAGGAGGACGAAGAGGAUGAAGAGGAUGAAGGCGAUGAGGAAGAGGAGGCAGACGCUUUCACAAUAUUCAUCUGGUGCAAUGGCCCUCCGACGAUAGACCCGCAGUUGCUCGGUCUACACGGACAGGCAGACGGGCAUUGGAGCUUGGCAGGACAGUGCUGCGACGACUGGAUGAAUGGACAGGACAUCUGUAAAGGAACCAAGCUGUAG